AUGCUCACGCGCAAAAGCCAUCGCCGGAAGCGUCUCCUUACUGGUUUUACUCUUCAAGCUCUGCAGCAGCUUACUGGUCCAACUAGUGGCCUCAGUGAUCCCUUCAUCGUCACAGUCAUCGUCCAGAGUGUCAAUUUCUUUGCUGGUUUCCCUUCCAUGUGGUUGGUCGAGCAACGGCUCUUCACCGGAGCCGUUCGCAUGUGCCUCACCCAGUACAUCAUUGUAAUUGUUGCUGCCACCACACCUGGAGAUGGAGCUGCCAGCAAAUCUUUGAUGCCUUAG